CGCAGAAGCAGAGAAUAGGAGGCUACUGUUGCUCUUCACUCCAUCUCCUCAGGACAGGUGCCUGAUACACACUCAGCACAGCAGUGUGUCCUGCAUCACAGCCGUUACUCAGUGUAGAAUGAAGACGCCGCUCUGGACCCUGCUGCUCCUGGGGCUGUGUGUCCCUGGACACAGCGACUGUCAGAAGGACUGUCUGUUCUGCGGUCAGAUCCUGCCCAAAGACCUCACCUUCAACACACUGGUCUGCUUGGUGGAAUGUGGCAAGGCUUCACCGGGCCUGAACUGGGAGAUGUGUCGCACAGCCAUGGAAGAAGGACCGCAGGCCUCCCUGUCAGUAGGGGGCACCAUGCUGAAAAGAGCUGAAGAGGAGGUGGAGUCAGUGCUGCCUCUGGAGCAGAGCGACGGAGGCCUGGUGUAUUCUAACGCUCUGCAGAGGUUUGACCACGUGGCUCGGGCCAUGGGUCUGGACCAACUGGGCCGGGAGAGCCAAAGCACCCAGUAUAGCGCCUCCUACCAGUCCCAGCAGUCCCAGCAGUCCCAGUCCGCAGAGGGAGACGGGGAGGAUGAGGAGGACGGGGGCAGAGAGAUGGAGAACGAUCAGGAUGGUGCACCAGUAAAUCUGACCAAACGCUUUGGAGGCUUCUUGAAGAGCAAGUACGGCUACAGGAAGUUCAUGGACCCUGGCAGGUCUUUACAGAAGAGGUACGGAGGCUUCAUCGGCGUCCGCAAGUCUGCCCGGAAGUGGAACAACCAGAAGCGCUUCAGCGAGUUUCUAAAGCAGUACUUGGGCAUGACCACUCGGGCCAGUGAGUUCAACAGCGUGUCGACUGGUAUCGCCCAGCAGAACGAAGUCUAGGCCUCGACAGUAGCAGUAGACUCACCCAGCAAGCCUUUCAUUCGUCCUGCUCAAGUCCAGAGAUACUAUAUACACCUCUUUCUGCAUCUCCAUUAACAUGCGGCCAUGGAAUGCAACAUGGUUAGAUAUGAUCAUUAAACCUGUAAGAUUUCAUAAACAUAACCCACCAGUACAGGCUCAGUACUAGUGCUUGGCGCUAAUGUUAAAAAUUCAAUGUCAAUAUGGUAACACUUUACAUUGAGUUAUGAAGUAAUGCUUUAGUUUACAUGAACAAGACAUGAAGUAAUGCUUUAAUAAUGCUAAACUUUACAUGUUAACAUGUACCAACUGUUUGAACUCAAAGUAUUUAAGUCUGUUUGACAUAAAAUUGGAUAUUUCUAAACAUUACUCAACUAUUUUUAGUUAGUUAUUUUUAGUUUUAGUUUUGAGUUUAGUCUUUUGUCAUUAACAGCUUCUUUUCCAUUGGCUUCUGACAAAAUCUAUUUGCAUACUGGGUGUGUCCAACAGUUUCUGACUGACACUCACCAUCAGUGUGUAGUGAUUCCCCCUGGGCUACCUUAGAAAUAAAUCAAAUUCCCCUUUAGUUGUAAUAACUUGAUGUUUUAAUUGAUGCUAACUCAAUGAAAGUCUGUCAGUUCACUUAGAGCGCACAAAGAGACAUUAAUAGAAAGUGUUACAUUGUAAGCCCAGAUAAGUUAAAUUUACUUAAAAAAAAUGUAGCAAAUCGGCUGCCUUAAAAAAAAGUAAACUCAACUUAUCCGGUCUUACAGUAUAACAUUUUUAAAAAAAAAAGUUAAAUCAACUUCCCCUUUAGUUGUAUUAACUUGAUGUUUUAAUGUAUGCUAACUCAGGUUUUGAUUACCCAUUAUUUAAAUAAAAUUAAGCAAACCGGCUUCCUUAAAAAAGUUAAGUAAACUCAACUUAUCUGGUUUUACAAUAUAACAAAAAUAAAAAUGUUAAAUCAACUUCCCCUUUUGUUGUAAAAACUUGAUGUUCUAAGUUGUGCUAACUUAAGUUUUUUAUUACCCAUUACUUUUUAAGGCAACUGGUUUCCUCAAAUUUUUUAAGCAAAUAUAACUUAUCUGGGCUUACAAUGUAACACUUUCUAUUAAUGUGUCUUUGUGCGCUCUAAGUAAACUGACAGACUUUUAUUGUGGGACUAUAUUUAUUAUUAAUGAUAGAUAUACUGUAUAUACUAUUUUAACAUACAUAUUAUAAGCACAGCUAUAUGUUAUGCUAUGAUCACAAUUCAUAGUGCAUAUGGUAAUAAACAUUGCUAUAUUAAGUUAUGCAUUUCUAUUUAUAAUUUUUUUUAUAGCCAUUAUUAUAAUGCCUUAUGAAUGCGUUAUAAUAUGUUAUGAAAGUGUUUAUAAAGUCUAAUAGAGAUGACAUACAUAGAAAUUGUUACUGCAUUAACUGCAUUAAUUAAGGUUUAGUUAAUUAAGGUGAUAAAUUCACUAAGCAAAGCCUGAACCACUUUAUUCAAAAGCUGUGUAAAAAGGGUCUUCAUAACACAUUCAUAAGCACUGACUAUUGAUUGCAUUUGUAAAGCAUUAUCUUGGAAUCUAUGAGAAACUCAUAGCUGUAGGUCACAAGCAGAAGAGAAGAACUAACUAAUUACCAAUUAACUCAUUUAGUAGUAUCUAAUUUAUUGUUCAUGUUAAAACACGCAUGUGAAAAGUUUAAUAAGCUAUAGUUGAGUAUUAUUAUUGUAUCACUUAAUGCAUUACUUCAUGAUACUUAGUAAAGUCUUAAGGUAAAGUGUUACCACAUUAAUAAAGAUGAAUCUAAGCUUUCUGAUUGCUGAAUGUCGUACAUACUUGACACAUCCUGUCAUGAUUGGAUUGUUUGCUUCUGCUUCUCUUAAAAUUAUACCAAAGAGAACUUUAGACAGUGUUGUAAAAAUGAAUUACAUUAAAAAAAGCACAUUUACAGAGAUUAACCUUAAUAUUUACUCAGUUAUUUGCAUUUUCAGCCAAUCCAAAGUAUGCAGCAGAUGACAUUUGCUGGCACUUCAGUUAACUGUAAAACUUGAAAUCAGUACCAUUAUUAAUAACCAGUACAUCAAUAUAGAUCUAUAUAAAUGUAUAGAUUUUUACUGUAGACCUCAGCAUAUUGCAUUACAUAAUGGUCACCAAGUUAGUUCUGACCUUUGACCUCUACACUCUUACAAAUUAAGGUGCUUUAAACAAUUCCUCUAAAUAAUCCAGAUGAUCUCAAGAUGAUAUUACGAUACUGUAAUUCUGCCAUACUCAGUGUAUAUAUAAUAUCAUAAGACAAUUCGGUAACACAUUCUAUGUUCAUGUUUCUAUAUUCAUAAUAUAUUAUAAUGCAUUCAUAAGGCAUUAUAAACAUGGCUAUAAAUAUUUAUAAAAAUGCAUAACCACUAUUGCCAUGUUUAUUAAGCAUUAUGACUUGUGAUCAUAAUUCAUUAUAAGCUAUGCUUAUGAUAUACAUGUUAAAUUUGUAUAUAUCUAUCAUUAAUAAUCUAGUCCCACAAUGAAAGUCUGGCACUUUACUUAGAGCGCACAAAGACCUGUUAUAAUACAUUAUAAUUGACUAUAAAUAAUAUUAUAUUCAAGACAAGUCUAAUUAAUGAGUGGUUAAAAAUAUAUUUAUAGGAUUACUGAGAGUGUGUUUAUAAGUUGGAAGCUGUUUUAGUCAUGACACAAGCUUACAAGCUGGGACUGAGUUUGGUAUUGAGUUUGGUAUUGACGUAUAACAUGUUAUAAGCACAGCUAUUAAUGCAUUAUAAUCGGAAUUCAUGAUGCCUAAUAAGCAUGGCUAUGAUGAUUUUUUUAAUUUUUAGUUUUAUAAAUAUGAAUAGCCAUGUUAAUAAUGACUUAUAAAUGCAUUAUAAUGUGUUAUAAAUAUGUUUAUAGAGUCUUAUAGAGAUGACAUUCAUAGAAAGUGUUACCGACAAUUCUCUACAAUACUUCACAGCAUCUGUAUUACUGAAGAGAAUAUAAUACUCCUAAAUAAGAUAGUACCAGAAAUCAUUAAUUUAUUGGUGUCAGAUUCACAGAAUUUACCAACCAAUACUCUCCACCACAGGUUUACUCUAUUCAUUUGAAUAUAGCGCCACCAUGUGGAGUAAUGAAGCAACAAUUUUAGUAAAUCAAACAUGAGGGAAGAUGAGUUUUAGGGAGUUUAGAGCACAUAUGCAUCAAUAACAAAUAUUAAUAUUUGACAGCAUAUACAGAUAAUGAAUCUCCAAAUAAUCUAAAGCUAUACAAUAUAUUGCAAUAUUAAUAUAUUGCCCCACCCCUACAAAAGAGCAGCUUUCACACAAGCUGGUCAGACUUGUUCACCAUCAAACCAACAAUAAGUUGAAUAAAAUCUAAGAUGAUCAAUCAAUCAGGUUGACCUGGCCAUGCUGGGUACUGCAGCAGAGUGUAUUUCAUAAGAAUCAUAUUUGUAAUAGAGAUGUGUGAGUGUAAAGAACUUUAUAAAGGUCUGAAGAACCACAGCUUGAUGUAAAGGUUCUUUACCAAUUUAAAGGUUCUACACACUCACACAUCUCUAUUAUAACCUUAUAAAGGUUCUUUAUAAAACUAAAAGAGCUUAUUUCAAGGCAUCAUAUAAAUAAUUCUCCAUUUGAAGAAACUUCAUUUUUAAGAGUGUACAGAUCAGCUGUUUAACCCCAGUCCCAAAUGGUGCACUUGUGGUCCUGUAGUCCUGAAAUCUUGGCUGUAUCCAGAAGGCUGUAUGGAGUCCCAUUGCCACCAACAUUUCCAGACAACUUGCUCAUGUGAGGUCUAAUAAGUUCUGGUCAAACGUUUGGACACACCUUAAAUUCAGUGUUGUUUUCAUUAUUUUAUAAGUGUUCUGCAUUUUAGAUUAAUACUAAAAUCACCCAAACUAUGGGAAUUAUUAUAACAAGGAAUUAUUUAUUAAGCUAAAAGUGUUAAACAAACCAGAAUGUGUUUAAUAUUUUAGAUUCUUCAAAGUAGCACCUCUUGCUUAGAUGACAGCUUUGAACAUCUUGGCUGGAUUUCCUAAGUCAGCUUUAUGGAAUAGCUUUCAGUUAACAGCUGUGCUGAACUCGUCAAGAGUUAAUUACUUGAAUUUCUUUCCCUCUUAUUUUUCACCCAACUUAGCUAGGCCAAUUGUCCCACUGUUUUAGCUGUAUAUCUCCACCGCACAAGGAGCAUGAAGACUAGCGCAUGCCGCCUCCGAUACAUGUGUGAAGUCUUUUCAAACUGCUGCUGAUGCAGUAUUGCCGAGUAGCAUCACAGCGCUAAAACUGGGAGGAAAAGGCAGCAACUCGUUUCUGAUACAUCAGCUCACAGACGUCUUGUGCUGAUCCACAUCACCCUAGAAGUGAUGAGGGGAAAGAGCACCAUCUACUGUACCCACCCAGAAAGAGCAAGGCCAAUUGUGCUCUCUCAGGGCUCUGGCAGCUGAUGGUGGCAAGCUGCAUAACCGGGAUUCGAACUCCCUGCGAUCUCCCGAUCACCAAUUCCUUCUUAAUAUGUUUGAGAGCAUCAGUUGUGUAGUGAAGAGGUAGAGUUGGUCUAUUUGACUAAUGUUCUAAUAUUAUACAUAUUAUAGCGAGAACUACUUAAAUUUGAAUGUAUCUUUAACUGUCGUUGUAAAGGACAUCAAAAAUAUUAUGAUGAAACUGGCUCUCAUCAGGAAGAUCAAGAGUUACCUCUGUUGCACAGGAUAAUUCCUAGCCUCACAAACUGCAGCAGCACAACAGAUAAGAUCCUCCUAAAUGCUUUUUCACAGAGUAUUUCGAUUUGUUUAACACUUUUUUAAGUUACUACGUGAUUUCUUAUGCGGUCCUUCAUAGUCUGGAUUAUUUCAGUAUUCAUUUACAAUGUAGGGGUAAAUAAAACAUGGCCGAGACAUGAGAGCUCUUUUGACUCGUGACACCAUUUGGGACUUGGGCUUAUCAGAGAACAAAGAGGAAGACAUGAGAGUCGUUGGGUUUUAUGGACGUCCCUCACUGUUGAGGAUUUUUCACAGCUUAAAACUGGUUUUCCCUUCACCACACUCCCAUCUAGUGGUCAGUAAAACAGUAACAAUCCCAUAAAUCAGUUUUAAGGCAGUUAUGAGAUGUCAAGGAUGAGAAAUGGUACUAAAACAACAGUAGACAAUAGAAACUGACAGAACAAUAGCAUUAAUAGCAUUACUAUUUCACCCCCACUCCGAUUUGGCAGUGAGAACACCAUGCAUUGCAGCAGCACAGCCUGAUAUAAUAGAACAUGUGUUGUAUUUUCUUAUCUCAGACAAAAAAAAGAAGCACUAAAAGCUUGUCGUUUUGAGAGUUUCAGACAAUGAAAUAUGUAUUUAUGUAAACAAUGCUUUCUGAUUCAUGUUUUUCUUGCAUUUUUUGCUUUUUUUGCUCUUUUUUCAUGAUAUUGCUCACCAUAUUUACUGUACAUAGAAAAAGAAAAAACUGAACUAUGUCAAUAAAAUAGUUUACUAUUUC